CAUCAUCCAAUGGGCGUAUUUUUGUGGGUAGCGUUUUUGUGGCAGCUGAAAGUAAACUUCGCUGUGAACGCAUUUAAAUUCUCCAAAAGAGGUCUAGCUUCAGUCGGACUUUGCUGGAUGUGUUAUCUGAGGUAUCAUUCCGGUUCGGUCCAGCAGGCUGUUAAAUCAGCUUCAGUUACCGCAUGAAAACACUCAGCUUAGUUCACAAUCUGCUGAUAAUUUACUGAUAGUUCAGCCUUUGUGUUUGUUCUCCACCAAACCUCUGCCUCCACGUGACUUGGGAAACAUGUGGCUUUUGUGUUUUUUAGUUUACACGCAGAGCUGAGGACACGCACUGUCGGUCUUCUCACAUCCACGGAGAAUUCUUGUUUUUUGUUGUUUGUUUCUUUGUUUUGGGGGUCAGGCCUCGACACAUUUCUCGUAUUUUCCAAAGGAGCAUGCCCAUCAGGCGCUUCGGGGGCCACAAGUCCCUGGUUCCUUAUUCUCAGUCCUUCAAGCUGUCGUAUGGUUACACAAAAAUGAAUAUCUCAAGAAGUGACUAUCGGGUUUUUUCUGCCAACUCCUCCACUGGCUGCACCGAACUGGCCAACAAGAUAUCAGAGCGCCUGGGCGUGGAGCUGGGCAGGUCGGUAGUUUAUCAAGAGUCAAAUACAGAGACUAGAGUGGAGGUGAAGGAAUCUGUCCGAGGACAUGACGUCUUUAUUAUUCAGACCAUUCCAAGGGAUGUCAACACAGCCAUCAUGGAGCUGCUGGUGAUGGCUUACGCCCUAAAGACAUCUUGUGCCAAGAACAUCAUCGGGGUCAUUCCCUACUUUCCCUACAGCAAGCAGUGCAAGAUGAGGAAGAGAGGAUCCAUUGUUUGCAAGCUGCUCGCUUCCAUGUUGGCUAAAGCUGGGCUUACACACAUCAUUACCAUGGACCUUCACCAGAAGGAAAUCCAGGGAUUCUUUAACUUUCCCAUCGACAACCUCAGAGCUUCCCCUUUUCUCAUCCAGUACAUCCAAGAUGAGAUCCCAGACUACAGGAAUGCUGUCAUAGUUGCAAAGUCUCCUUCUGCUGCUAAAAGGGCCCAGGCUUACGCUGAGAGGCUGAGACUUGGCCUGGCAGUGAUGCACGGGGAGGCGCAGCAAUCGGAGUCAGACAUGGCAGAUGGCCGACAUUCCCCCCCGCUGUCCCGGACCACAGCUGGACACACCGGCCUGGAGCUCCCAUUGAUGAUGCCGAAGGAGAAACCCCCCAUCUCUGUCGUCGGAGACGUAGGAGGGAGAAUUGCCAUCAUUGUAGAUGACAUCAUAGAUGAUGUUGAAGACUUUGUUGCAGCAGCAGAAAGCCUAAAGGACAGGGGAGCUUACAAGAUCUACAUCAUGGCAACACAUGGGCUGCUGUCUGCAGAAGCACCCAGACUAAUAGAGGAGUCUGCUAUAGAUGAGGUGGUGGUGACCAACACAGUCCCUCAUGAGGUGCAGAAGCUCCAGUGUCCGAAGAUCAAAACAGUGGAUGUGAGUCUGAUCCUGGCUGAGGCCAUCCGCCGCAUCCACAACGGAGAGUCCAUGUCCUACCUGUUCCGGAACAUCACUGUGGAUGACUGAAGCGACACACAGGGACAGUUACAUUCCAGCACAUUUCCACUCACACAGACUGAGGGCAGAUCUCUGCGUCUGUCUGUUCUUCCCGUCUGGGUGUGCCGAUAAAUCUGUCAGCUCUAUUUACCAAACGUCACACAUGAAGCAAGAACAAUAAACUUCGUGCCCAAUACUACAGGGUCCUCACUAAUGUUUGUCUUUCUCAGCUCUACAGGUUAUAGCAAAUAAAGCUGUUACUCUUUCAUAA